GGAACGAAAGAUGGCGGCGGAAACGGUGCUGUCCAGUCUGUUGGGGCUGUUGCUUCUGGGGCUCCUGUUACCCGCAAGUCUGACCGGAGGUGUCGGGAGUCUGAACCUGGAGGAGCUGAGUGAGAUGCGUUAUGGCAUCCAGAUCCUGCCUUUGCCUGUCAUGGGAGGACAGAGCCAAGCUUCGGACGUGGUGAUUGUCUCCUCUAAGUACAAACAGCGCUAUGAGUGUCGCCUGCCUGCUGGAGCUAUUCACUUCCAGCGUGAAAGGGAGGAUGAAGCACCUGCUUACCAAGGGCCUGGGAUCCCUGAGUUGUUGAGCCCAAUGAGAGAUGCUCCCUGCCUGCUGAAGACCAAGGACUGGUGGACAUAUGAAUUCUGUUAUGGACGCCACAUCCAGCAGUACCACAUGGAAGAUUCAGAGAUCAAAGGUGAAGUCCUCUAUCUUGGCUACUACCAAUCGGCCUUCGACUGGGAUGAUGAAACAGCCAAGGUGGCAGGGGCCUCCAAACAGCAUCGCCUGAAACGCUACCACAGCCAGACGUAUGGCAAUGGGUCCAAGUGUGACCUCAACGGGAGACCCCGGGAGGCUGAGGUCCGGUUCCUCUGUGAUGAGGGUGCAGGGAUUUCUGGGGACUACAUUGAUCGUGUGGAUGAGCCCUUGUCCUGCUCUUACGUGCUAACCAUUCGGACUCCUCGGCUCUGCCCCCACCCUCUUCUCCGGCCCCCACCCAGUGCCGCUCCCCAGGCCAUUCUCUGUCACCCUUCCCUGCAGCCUGAGGAGUACAUGGCCUACAUUCAGAGGCAAGCUGUAGACCCAAAGCAAUAUGGAGAUAAAAUCAUAGAGGAGCUGCGAGACCUGGACCCCCAAAUGUGGAGUGAGACCAAGUCUGGGGUGGUACCACCAAAGAAAGCAGGUGCAAGCCCAACCAAGGAGGACAGUAAGGAAUCAGAUUUCUGGAAGAUGCUUCAUGAGCCAGAGGACCAGGCCCCAGGAGGGGAUGAGGCACAGGCUGAAGAGCAGGACUCAAACCUUGAGGCAGCAGAUCCAGUUCUAGGCUCUCCCGAGGAUUUUCAGAACAAUGUGCAGGUCAAAGUCAUUCGGAGUCCUGCAGACUUGAUUCGAUUGAUAGAGGAGCUGAAAGGUGGAACAAAAAAGGGGAAGCCAAAUGCAGGCCAGGAGCAGCCUGCAGAUGAUGCCACAGAAGCCCCUCAAAGGGAACCAGAGGCGAAGGGAAAGGGUGCCACAGAACAUCAGAGUGAUGCGGGAGAAGAGGAGGAUGACGAUGAAGAUGAAGAUGAAGAUGAGGAUGAGCGGCAGUUACUAGGAGAAUUUGAGAAGGAGCUGGAAGGAAUACUGCUCCCAUCAGACCGUGAGCGGCUCCGUUCAGAGGUGAAGGCUGGCAUGGAGCAGGAGCUGGAGAAUAUCAGGCAGGAGACAGAGAAGGAGCUGGACCCAGAUGGGCUGAAGAAGGAGUCAGAGCGUGAUCGGGCAAUGCUGGCUCUGACAUCCACUCUGAACAAGCUGAUCAAAAGGCUGGAGGACAAACAGAGUCCAGAGCUGGUGCAGAAGCACAAGAAAAGGAGGGUUGUACCCAAAAAGCCUCCCCCAUCACCCCAACCAACAGAGGAGGAUCCUGAGCACAGAGUCCGGGUCCGGGUCACCAAGCUCCGUCACAGAGGCCCCAAUCAGGAUCUGACUGUCCUCGAGAUGAAACGGGAAAACCCACAGCUGAAACAAAUCGAGGGGCUGGUGACAGAACUGCUGGAGAGGGAGGGACUCACAGCUGAAGGAAAAAUUGAGAUCAAAAUCGUCCGACCAGGGGCUGAAGGGACUGAUGAGGAUGCACGUUGGCUGACUGACGAGGACACAAAAAACCUCAAGGAGAUUUUCUUCAAUAUCUUGGUGCAGGGGGCUGAAGAGGCCCAGAAAGAGCGCCAACGGCAGAAAGAUCUGGAGAGCAAUUACCGCCGGGUGUGGGGCUCUCAAAAUGGGGAGGGCACGGGGGACCUGGAUGAGUUUGACUUCUGAGACCACUUCUGCAAUGGCCCUCCAAGGAGUCCAGAGUGCUCCCCGCCUCCCCACCCCCAGCACCCCUGAAGGCAAACCAGCAGAAUGGAACUGAGCUGUGGACUUCAUGGGCCCAACAUGGGGUACAGAGGCCAUGGGGCGAGUGCUGCUGCAGCUGCUGAGAGCCCCCCUCCGACCUCACCAGGCCUGCGGAUUUGGCUUUCCCAGGCAUCCCCCACAUCCCUUUCCUCUCCUCCUUGGCUUUUCCUGCUGUCAUCCCCUAACUUGUUGAUUCUUUCCUCCUCCCUACCUAAAGAAUAAGUAGGAUCUUUUGAGGGGAGUAGCUCAGAAGAAGGCAUGCUCCCCCACCCCUGCCCCUGUUGCUGUGUGGAGUCUCUUACCCCCUUCCCCUGGAUUGCCUUGGGAUUUUCCUCUCUCUUUGCCUGUCCACACUGUUCCCUACAAUCUGUGCUUCUGAGUUGAGGAGCCUUCACCUCUGUUACUGAGGAAAUGGGAGAACGUUGCCCAUUACCUCUGACACAAUUCCAGUGAAAAGGGUGGGGUAUGGAACCACCCACCAUGUUCUCAAACAAUCAGGUUUCUAAAUAAAGAACUGGACUGUCAA